AUUUUUUCUCGGAUAUUUAUUAAUACUUCUUAAUGUCUUAAUAGAUUAAAUCACAUUCAAUCAAAAGUGAUAAAAAUAAUAGUGAUGAUUAUGAUGGUGAUUAUUAUGAAGAUGAUGAUGACGAUAACGAUGAUAUUAUGAUUGUAGAGAAUAGUGAUAAUGGUGGUCGUGGUGAUGAUGAUGAUGACGAUGAUGACGAUGAUGACAGUGAUGAUUAUGAUGGUGGUAAUAAUAGCAAUGAUGAUGAUGAUGACAAUGACAAGUAUGAUUUCUAUGAUGAUGACGAUGAUGAAGAAGAUGAUGAUGACGACGAUAACCAUAAUGCUGACAAUGAUAAUGAUAAUAUCAUUCGUAAGUUAUAUGGAAUAUCACAACAUCCAAUUACAAAGGAUUACGUUAUAAUUUAUCCAGAUGGAUAUUAUUGUAAAAAAUGUGGUGAAUUAUAUACGAAUAUAAAACACAAAUGGUGUAAAUUAUGUCACUUAAAAACUUAUUUAACAAAUAUUACUAGCGGAAAUGAAAAAAUUAAUAAUAUGCUUAAAGAAUUUCGAUCAGAAAUUGAUAAAUCAAGUGAUAUAAUAUUUGAAUGGAUUCCAUAUAAUCAGUUUAGAGAUAUUAAAAAAAUAGGUAAAGGUGGAUUUUCUAUAGUGUAUUCAGCGAUAUGGAAAAAUGGUCCAUUAAAAUACAAUCGUAAAAAAAAAUUUGAUUAUAAAAGAAUUAAGAAUAAAAAAGUUGCUUUAAAAUGUUUAAGUGAUUCUCGAGAUAUCUCUAAUGAAUUUUUAAACGAGAUUAAAGCAUAUUCAAUUAAUAGUGUUUAUGAUCGUGAUAAUAUUCUUAAAGUAUAUGGCAUAUCUCAGGAUCCAGUUUCAAAACAUUAUAUUAUGGUUCUUGAUUAUGCAAAGGGAAAUGAUUUUGACCAUUGGAUGAUAAAAAAUUAUGAAUAUUUUGAUUGGCAAAAUAAAUUAGUUUUAUUAUAUAAUGUUAUAAGAGGACUUAAAGUAAUUCAUCAAAGAGAUAUGGUUCAUCAUGAUUUUCAUACAGGAAAUAUAUUAUUGAGCGUAAGCUUUCUUUUAGAAAGUACAAUAUCUGAUGAUGAUGUACUUAUUUCAGAUAUGGGAUUAAGUGGAAAUAUUGGUGAUACUAAUCAAGAUAAUGUUUGUGGAAUUAUGCCUUACGUUUCUCCUGAAGUGUUAAAAGGAAAACCUUAUACUCAAGCAGCAGAUAUAUAUAGUUUUGGUAUGAUUAUGUACUUUGUAAUAACUGGAAAACAACCUUUCGAAGAUCGUGCACAUGAUCAUAUUUUAGCAACAGAUAUAUUAAAAGGAAUUAGACCUGAAAUAAACGAAUUAUUAGCACCAAAAUGUUAUAUUGAUUUAAUGAAAAGAUGUUGGGAUUUAAAUCAAUAUAAUAGGCCAAAUACAACUGAAAUUUUUGAAUUAAUUUCAUUAUUUUUUCGAUCGUAUUUUCAUAAGUCUGGAAGUAGAGAUUAUGAAAUUGAAAAGCAAUUUAAUGAAGCAGAAGAAUAUAGAAGAAAAAAUCUUUCAUCUAUUAAAGAUAGCCAAUCACUUACUACUCACCCACAAGCUAUUUAUAAAUCCCGAUUACUUAAUCCUUUUGUAGAGGAACUCCCUAAAGAUGGUAAUAAAUUUGUAACUUAAGCAAAAUUUUAUUAUUAUAAAUAUUUAAUUAAUAUUUUUUCUAAUUUUUAACAGAUAUCGAUAAAUAUAAAAUUUCUGACGAUAUGGACGUUGAUUUUUGUUCAUUGAUUGAAGAGAAUUAAGUGAUAAUAGUUUAAAGAUAAAUAUUUUGUUUUAAAUGAAAUAUUAGUUAUACUUUAAUAAAUGAAUUAUUUAAGUACUAAUUUAUUUAACAUUUUUCAAUUUUCUUUUAUAAAAAAAAGUUUCGCGAUAUUAAGUAUUUAAAAAUAUGUGUAUAUAUUUUACUUUUUUAAUCGAAU